UUUUUAAUAUUAAUUCUACAUAUUUUUGUAGGCUAGCCCCCACUUUGGAACUUUGCUCUUUUUUUUAAUUACUAUUAUUUUACUAUAAUUACUUGCAACUAGCACCCUGUGUGCUUAUUAUACACAGAAAAUGGAGUCAAUAAUAGCAAAUCUUAAUGAUGUCACUUUUAAAAUAGAAGUCCUACUUAACCGACAGAUUGGUUUAGGCAUUUCACUUUUUGAUAAAAUGGAUAAGAUUAAUGCAGAGAAGUGCAAAUAUUUUGUUAAGGGCGGCUGUUCUAAAGGCUCAUCUUGUCCUUUCCGUCAUAUACGAGGCGUUAAGUCCACUGUUGUCUGUAAGCACUGGAUGAGAGGCCUUUGUAAAAAAAGUGAUAUGUGCGAAUUCUUGCAUGAAUUUGAUUUAUCCAAGAUGGCGGCUUGUCAUUUUUAUUCCACUCAUAAAGAAUGCAGUAACGGCACCGAUUGCUUGUACUUGCAUAUCGAUCCUGACUCGCAAAUGAGCGAGUGCGCUUGGUUUACUCGUGGAUUUUGCAAGCACGGCCCUUCGUGCAAGCAUCGUCAUAAUAAAAAAGUGAUGUGUCAAAAUUAUUUGUGUGGUUUCUGCCCAUCCGGACCAGAAUGUAAAUUUACACAUCCGAAAUGGGACAUUCAUAAAAGAGAUGGAGAAGAAAUCGACGAUGAUGAGCAAAUCGACGAGCAAAAUUCUCGUAAUUUUAUAGAUCAGCAGCCCCUCAGAUGUAAACGGCCCAAGGACGGAAGUUUCGAGGAGAUCGCGUCACCGCCCCCGCAGUGAUUUAUAUAUAAUAAAAAUUUAAAUGGGAGCAAUUUACCAAACUUGAAAUAGCCUUUAUAGAAAACAAUAGCGA